UUGCCUGAGAAGAAGUGGGGCAGCUGAAAAGCAAAGAGAAGAGAGAAAACUUUGUGGGCAAUGUGGCCGAAGAACCCAUGUAUUCAGUCCAUAAAGCUCCAAGAAGUGGAGGUGGUGGGCCUGCUCACAGAGCCUUCCUUUCACAUGGCGGUGCAUGCAGUGGAGACCCUUAGGAGAAAUUUCCCUACCAAGAUAGCUGAGCCUAAAGUACUUCCUUUAUUGCAGUUUGCAUGGGAUGAAUAUCUACAAGAAAAAAAGAAGGAACUGAGGGGUGAAACAUGGGAAUAUCCAUCCAAUGUGAUGUGUUUUGUUGACGACCAGCUUCUUGGAGAUGAAAAAAUGCUGCUGAAGUGGGCUUAUGAUGUCUGGGAUUAUAAAGACUUUAAGCCUAUAGCACUUUAUGAAGCAAUUACAUCAGAUUUCCUCACAAAAUACUUAAAAGCCAAAAAGCAUAUGUUUGUUUUCAUGGAAAUAGCAAUUCAGGAAGUUUCGAUUGGAAAAUUGCUCUUUGAGCUCUAUUCUGACAUUUGCCCCAGAACAUGCCAUAAUUUCAAGUGUUUAUGUACAGGAGAGAAAGGGGACUCUGAGUCUGGAUUGGCACUCACUUACAAGGAUUCAAUUUUUCAUCGAAUUGUAAAAAAUGGCUGGAUACAAGGAGGAGAUAUAAAUGGUGGAAGAGGAAAUGGAGGUGAAUCGAUACAUGGACCCGUCUUUGAAGAUGAAAAUUUUGCAGUUCCCCAUGAUAAGAGAGGAGUUCUUGGAAUGGUCAACAAAGGACGCCACACCAACGGAUCCCAGUUCUACAUCACAUUACA